AUGGCCGCCGAUGAUUGGGUCGCUGAACUGGAACUGAGCACAGCCAUCAAGAUGGUGCAGACCGAGAUUAUGGAUAAGAAGCUUGAUCGCCUUCGAAUUCUUGUUCUUUACGGCAGUCUGAGAAGUCGGUCGUACUCUCGCCUUCUUGCCCUCGAAGCUUCACGUAUCCUCUUCCGCCUCGGCUGCGAUGUAAGAGUAUAUAAUCCAGCCGGUCUACCUCAAAAGGACGAUAUCCAACACGACCAUCCCAAAGUCCAGGAACUGCGGGAGUUGAGCAAAUGGAGCGACGGUCAUGUAUGGAUCAGUCCAGAGCAACACGGUAACUUGACCGGCAUCUUCAAGCAGCAGAUCGAUUGGAUUCCUCUCUCAACAGGCUCUGUACGUCCAACCCAAGGAAGAACUCUGGCUGUGGCACAGGUCAGCGGCGGAUCUCAAUCGUUUAACUCUGUAAACUCACUACGUAUCCUCGGACGUUGGAUGCGCAUGUUUGCUAUUCCGAACCAGAGCUCAGUACCAAAGGCGUAUACACAGUUUACUCCCGAGGAGGAGGGUAGUCGCAUGAUGGCAAGUUCCAACCGCGAUCGCCUUGUCGAUUGUAUGGAAGAGCUCGUCAAGUACACCAUUGUUAUGAGACCUCAUUUUGACCUCUUUGGUGAUCGCUUUAGCGAGCGGGAGGAGAAGAGGGUGAAGGAGAUGAAGAAAGAAGAAGAAGGAAACUAG